CGUACGCGGCGUCGAUGCAACCCGCUUCGUCUCGCUAGGGGGCGUGUUCGAAGGCUGGGAACGGCACACGUCACACACUCCCAUUUGCGUUCAGGUGCGGGGGGCCGCAGCGACAGCGAUCGACAAUUUGAAAUUGUUGACUGAAAAUCUGUCGUAUUUCCUGUUGGAAUCAUGGCCGAGGGAGAUUACGAGUACGAGAAGAUGAGGUGCGAGCUGCUGGGGCUACCUCCCCCAGAAACGAAGCCCGACCCUCUGGAAGGCGAAAGCGAAGGCGUUGGAGCGACAGGUGAUGUCGAAGAGGGGGCGGAAGGUUCUGGACCCGCGACGGGGGAAGAAAGAUUAGACCGGAAAGAGGAACUUGAAAUUGAUAACGAACAAAUGAAACAUUUAUCAGGAGGACUUGAUGAAUUGAACAGCAUAUUAUCUGUUACCCAAAAGAAACUAAAUAGAUUUAAGAUUGUUUGUGGGAGUCUGACCAAUUUACUGAAAAUUAAGGUUGGAACAGCAAAAGGAGAUGAAGGCACAUCUAGCAACAAUGAUAGUCAAGUAGCUACAGACACUGAGGAGGAUGCAGGAAACCAAGAUACAGGUGACUCACUAGAAACUACAGAGAGUUUGCGAUAAUAUAAUCUUCCUUCAUUUGCAGCACUCGAAAUUAUGCACAAAUGUUUUUUAAUGUGAACCAAUAAUCUUGCAUCAUGUUAGAAAAAAAAGAAAUGUACACUUUCUUUUACUUGUGCUUUCUUGGCCUGCUAUCCUCAAUUUUUCUGCAAUAUUCUUCAUUGUUAUUGCAUACUGGCACAGAAGGAUAUGAUAGUGUAACAUUUGCAUUUGUAAGCUUCCAUGUAAGACUCUUGAUCAUUUUGGAUAACUGUAACUAUACAGAAAAGUUGAGGCAUUAACUGUAGCAUUAUAUCUUACGUAGUUUCUGUCUGAGAAUUUUGCAGUGGUCUAUAGAAUUUUACCCCCCCAAAUAGAAAAAUCCUUUAUUUUUAAUACAUAUCUUCUUGAUAAGUAUUUGGAAUUGUAGGCUAUAUGUAUGGAUAGCACAAUACAUCAGCUGACAAGCAAUACUGACUGUCAUAGGCAAGGUUUUUAUUAAAUUUAUUUAUUUAUUUAUUUACAAAAGUGGUUCUGAAUUAAAAUUUGGCAGAUAACAUUUUGCCAUUAUUAAUUUGUUCAUUGUUAAUUAACAUUUCCUUAUUUUUCCAUGAAAGCAACUUAUUAGCCAACUCUUCAUACUGGAAUAUCUUGUUUUCUAAGAGAAAAGCAAUUCAUUUAUUUAACAUAAAAAUAGUUAAAAACUGUGUGACAUACUAUAGGGGAAACUGCAUUUCCAAUUGGAAUCACAGUUUUUAACCAAUAUGACCAACAAAUAUUAAUCACCAAGAUACUUUAUUACUUUGAAAUGUUAAGAAAUUUAUCUUCAAGAUUUACAAAGCAUAUUCAGAAUAUUAAUUUUAGUACUCAUUGCAUCAAAAAGAUUGAAUGAAAAUGAACAGAGACAAAACUACAAACAAGGAAAAUUCUAAAGAAGAAAAGAUAAUAUCCUGAGUGAUAAAAAAACCUUCCUAAACAUUCCUUUUUAUGGAAACCCCCUUAAUAUAUAUAUUCAUAUCAUCCAUUUUAAAUACACUUUCUCUUAGAAUUACUUUUUUUAAUGAAUGACCUAAAAGAAUGAAUAUUUCCCACAAAGAUGCCUUUGAAAACUUAUCAAUUUUUUUUUCUUUUUUCAUUAAAGAAAUGUUUUCUUUGCACUUGUGAGAACAAAUUUAACAAGAAAUUAUCUUCAGAAUUUUACUCAAAAUUGGUGUAAAGUUUUAUUUCUCCAUUACAUCUUACACGUUAAGUUAUCAUGACUUUUAAGAAAAGUAAUUUACAUCCUUCAUUUCUUCUGCAUUUGUGAAUUGAUUUAUUUCUGGCAUGAUUCCAAACAUUAUUUUGAUAAAUUUAUAAUUCUCAAUUAAAAGAUCCAUGACUUUUCAUUACAAGCUUUCAUCACAAACAUAUAGUUUGCAUUCUGCAUGAUAACAGCAUGAGUAUUACACAUUCACAUUCCUUUGAAUGUGAAUAUUAGUUACUAUGACUUACCAAAUCAAAAUUCCUGAAUGAUUGGAUAAUUCCUGAAUGAUUAGUUACCUCUCAUUUGUUUCUAACAAAUAACCAAACCAACCUCUAUCUAUUUACAACAUAAAAUACUGUAAUAAAACAUUUUUUGAACGUGUUAUAGAAUGUCUCUUUUUUCUUUGGUAGACUAACCAACUUAUCUUCUUUAUAACUAGGAAGUUAGUUAUCUUGAAUAAUCUCUGUAAUUUUUUAAGAAUCAGAGAGGAUUUUCUUAUUUGACUAAUACUUAGUGAUGAGUAGUCUUGGUAUAUUUUUUUGUUUUAUAUCGUUUUCUGAACACAGCCCAACCAAGAGAAAAAAUGCUUAGUUGCUAUGUCUGAUCAUAGAAUGGGCUGUCAUACAAUGUGCAUUGAAAAUUAUAUGUUCAUAUUAAAUGUGCUUAGCAAUUCAAAAUACUUUUUUAUCGCUGCUAAUGAUAGGACCUCAACACACAUUUCUGGAAACAGGUGGAGGACAGAAAGAAACAAGGAAAGUGGUGAAGUCAGGGCAGAUUCGACCACAAUCGGAUGUCAGUGAAAUGAUGGAUUCACAGAUUGACAAAUUGGAUUCCUUAAUUAUGAAAGCAGAAACAGCACAUUUGAGUAUGUCUAGUCAAAAUAAACAAAUGAGGCAAUUCCUAAGAAAAUAAGAUAUCUGUGAAACUAUAAUAUCAAAUAUACACCAUCCAUUACAUAAUACAAUGUAGGUAUAUGUAGCUCACUAACUUGUUAUUUAGAAUAGUUGGUUUUGUAUGAACUACCAACAUGAGAUGUUGGAGGAAAUGGUGCAUGCUUUAUUGAGAAAUAUAAAUGAAUUGAUUAAACAAUGCAAGUAGAUAAUUUAGACAAGGUAAAACCCAGAGAAAAUGUAGACAAUUUUUUUGUAAAUGUGCAAACUGCACAAAAUUUUUAACAAAUACUGUCAUUUAUUGUCAAGCUUCAAGCAAAAUAAAAUCACAUGCUGAGCUUUUCAGGUAGUUCAUAGAUAACCCAGUAUUUAGAAAAUCUGAUUUAUUUUGAGAGUUUUUCAAUUUUCUGAACUGUAUUAUAAAUGUUCUUCCAAUAUUCUCAAAGUAAGCUAAUUAUGUACUUCUUCUUGAGCAGUUAAAUUCUUCGUAUUUUUUAAAUGCAUUAAUGAAUCAGAAAGUCUAUGAAAUUACAAUGAGGAAUUUCAAUAAGUGUUAUAUCCUUUUCAUAAAUAAACAAUAUUUAUAAUGAGAAUUACACAUGGGCUAUUUGAAAAUUUAAUGUCAUUAGAUAUAAUGACAAGUCCCCAACAAAUAAAACCAACAUUAACACCAGAAAACUCGGAUUUUGACUUUUAGACCAUUUUUAAUUCUCACAAUUUUUCCCAAAACCCUUUCCUUUAAUCAUAAUCAAGUUUCAUUAUUUUCAAUAUCCUCAUUCAAUCUUAAUUUUUUAUACCUUGCAAGUAUAAUUUUAUUCUGUAAUUGCAUGCAUGAACUGCAAAAAUUCUUGGAAAAACUUCAAUAUAUACAUUGCACAUUUUUCAUUUCUUUGCCAAAAUAUGUUGAAACUUGCAAGAAAGCAUAAUUUUGGUUUUGAAGGUCACAAAAUUUAUUCACAGUUCUAAACAAUUAAAAAUAAUUGUUGGUGCACGGUCACAGAACUGUAACUAUACUUUAAAAGCAAAUAUCACACAUUAUAAAUGAUUGUGAACAUACUCAUGCAUAUCUUCCUUACUUCCCAAUAUUUGAAAAUAGUUGUUGUGAUUGUUGUUGUUGCUAUUGUUGUUGUUUGCAUCAAAUUUCUUGUCUGUGAUGUAGAAGCACUAGUGUGAUUGCAAUGGCUGAAAUGAGAUCAAAGAUUUGUUAGAUUGCUUGAAGGUUUUUUGCAUAACUACUAAAGAUUAGUGGAAAGAGUUUGGAAUCUGCUCACAGCAAAGAGCAUUUUGUACAAAUAAACAUUGUAAAAAAAUAUCAGAGGUACAGUGAUAUGGUAAUUUAAUUGUUUGAUGGGUGAUUUAUAAUCAACACUAAUAAAGCAAUGAUGUGAUAGCCAACUUUAAAAAUCUGAAGACUAAAUCUACAAAUAUAAAUGACAAUCUUUGCUUGUCUCUCUCUGAGCAUACUGUGACUACAAAAGGGUGGAAAAUGCUUCUCCACACAAUCAUAGAACUAAUAUUGAAAAAAAAGGAAGAUUAAAAAAUGGAUUUAUUUCUUUUGUUUUUUCUUUGAGGAAAAAAUGUAAGUAGUAUUGUCGGUUCAUAUUCUUGUUUUCUUCAUGAAAGAACAAAACUUUUGUGAUGCCAAAGUAUUCAAAAUUUCAUUUUUAAAAUAUUGUGUGAAAUGAAAUUUUAAUGUACUCGUAUACUGACCAGCUAAAAGUUGGCUAUCACAGGCUUAAAUUACAUACUCUAUAAGCUAUUAAGUUUUAAAAGUAUUUUAUGAAAGUAAUUUUGUUUUGGAGUACAGUUAGGAGCUUAGGUUAAACACUGAUUUUAUCAAAGGGUACAUUAAAAUAUCAUAUUUUUUGGAUGUGGCAACUGAUAUUGAAGUCCAUAUUUAUAUCAGAUGACUAAACAAUUUGAUGCAUGGCUUAGAUUGUAGAGAAACCAUUUUUUCAUGCAAACAAGUUAUGGAAGAGUCGAGCAAAUGCAACGAAUUUUGAAUAACACAUUGAAAUUUGUGCUGUAUGUUCCACUUGUUUUUAUAUUAUCCUUGUUACCAUUGUGAAUUUUGUGUGUGAAAAUUGAACACCAAUGAAAGGGCAGGUCAUUUUAAAAAGCUUAACAUUUAGGCAUUUCCAUUAAAUGUUAAUAUUUUCAAAGAAAUUUUCAACAGAUGUUAUUACAUAAGUUAGUUAAGCCUUAUAAAGUUGGUUUACAAGUAUCACUUACAUUUUUAUAAGUAAAAGGAGUAGGAAAAAUAAAAGGGUCUAUUCAAAUAUAUAAGUAUAGGUACUUUUAAUGGCAAUUAUCUAAUUCUCAUGAGAAACUAUAAGUUGAUUUUUUUUCUACUAGACUUUCUGAACUAAAUUUGAGUAGCCUAUUUUACCAUUUUACAGAAACUAUAUAUAAUAGGCAACUCAUUUGGACCCUCUGAAUCCUUCUCCCAAGGUGCAGCUACGCUUCUGGAUAAUCUUAAAACUCAAUAAAUUCAAUCAACUCAUUUACAUUGAAAGGAGACAGUUAACGAAAAAUAUCAAAUUCUCCAAUAUUCAUAGACAAUAUUGAGGAUUAAGGAUGUCCAUUAAGGUUUUCAAAAACCAUUUCCACAAGAGUAGCCCUUCAUUAAUAUCCAUUUUCAAUAUUAGAAGCCACUCCAUCCUCAAUGUAAUCACUUAACAAAUGGGAAGGAAGAAAAAGUUUUCAUCAACAUGUGGGUUAUCAAAUAUUUCCUUUCAUGUUUCUAAAUUUUAAAUUUAUUAUCAAUAAGCAUGGAAUAAUCAAUUAUAUUUUAAACAGAAAGUAAACAUAUUAUUUUUAUAGCAGUGACAUCUCAGAUUAUUAAAGUUUGUAAUAUUAUUCCCUCCAUUUCAUAAAUUACUUUUCUUAAUGACACGAUUUAGUUAUGUGUAAUGCUUCUUGAUUGCUCAUGGUCAGCAUGAAUGCUUUUUGUGUACAAAGGUCUGAGUUUGAUUUCUGGCAGCAGCAAAACAAAUUAAUGCUGCUUGUUCAGUGCAGUGCAGUAGCAUAAUGUAGCCCCCAUUUUCGGUGCAACAAUCUGCUGGGGAAUGCUGAGUAAUGGCAUUUGUGCUCUGAAAGAUGUUACUUGUAGGGUCAGAACUCUUUGGGAGGGCACACUACCUUACUUUGCCCAGUUCCAUGGUACACCUCAUUAGUGUUAUUCUCUGGAAAGCAAAUUCUGGUGCUUUGAGAAUCCAACCAAACUUCACACUGAUGUCUAUUCACAUUGUGUAUCAUAAUGGGAUUUAUUUCCAUUGCUUAUACAACUUCAAACAAUAAAUAAAGAAAGUCUAUUAGAAAAAUCAGUAUGAGCAGCUCCAUUCAUGAAAAUGUAGCUAUUAUGCUUUUAAUUUUAGAUUUAUCACAGCAUUAUUUCCUUAAUGAGAGUUUGAGUUAAAGUAAUUUUUUAGACUUUAGGUCCGACCUGCCCGUUUCUACACAUCUGAAGUGAGAAAAAAAAAAGAAAUGCAAUAUAAGACAUUUCUAACUGCUAGUGCCUUUUAAAUGUUUGUUUUAGUGUUUGUUAUUGUGGGCCUUGAAAAGGGAUUAUACAAGUCCAUGAAUUCUAGCGGAUCUACCAUUGGAAACUGUUAAGGCCCAAAAUAACUUGUGGGCUUCCAGGCCAUUUAAAAGCUGCCAAACAAUCUUGUAUAUUACUUUCUUUCAAAUCUGUACACUAAUGAAAUAUUGGUAGCACAUUUAAUAAAUAAAAUUGUUUACCUCCAGUUGAUAUUAAUAUACAUAAUUUUCAAUGACAAUUUGUAAUGGUAGUAGCAGGAUGAGCUUUGUACUUGAAAAUACACAUAUAUAUUUUUUUCCUUUCAAUUUUGUGUUAUCUGCUAAAGUAAAAGGAGGAAAAAAUCAUGAAUCAUGUCACAGGGCUAUUUCAAAAAUUAAACUUAUGAUUU